AUGUCUGCUGUACCAGUUGCUGAAAGAAAUCAAGAUGCAACAAUAUAUGUUGGUGGUCUUGAUGAACGUGUUAAUGAAUCUAUUCUAUGGGAAUUAUUUGUUCAAGCUGGUCCUGUUGUAAAUGUUCAUCAACCAAAAGAUCGUGUAACAAUAAAUCAUCAAGGUUAUGGUUUUGUUGAAUUUUUAACUGAAGAAGAUGCAGAUUAUGCUAUUAAAAUAAUGAAUAUGAUUAAACUCUAUGGUAAACCAAUACGUGUUAAUAAAGCAUCAGCACAUCAAAAAAAUCUUGAUGUUGGUGCAAAUUUAUUUAUUGGUAAUCUUGAUCCAGAAGUUGAUGAAAAAUUAUUAUAUGAUACAUUUUCUGCAUUUGGUGUUAUUUUACAAACACCAAAAAUUAUGCGUGAUCCUGAUUCAGGCAAUUCAAAAGGAUAUGCUUUUAUUAAUUUUGCUAAUUUUGAUGGGUCAGAUACAGCAUUAGAAGCAAUGAAUGGUCAAUAUUUAUGUAAUCGACCUAUAACAGUUUCAUAUGCAUUUAAAAAAGAAUCUAAAGGUGAACGACAUGGUUCAGCUGCUGAACGUUUACUUGCUGCUCAAAAUCCAUUAUCACAUUCAGAUAAACCACAUACAUUAUUUGCUGAUCAACCACAAUUUGCACCAGCACCACCAGUACCUCCACCAGUUAAUCCAUUUCCAAUCACAUCAUGGUUACCAUAUGGUACGCUAGGUGGUCUACCUAUUCCACCUGGUUUACCUGGUCUUCCACCUCCACCACCACCAUUUGCAAUGCAAAUGCCACGUCCACCAUUAGCUCCAACACCUACAUCAGCAGGUUCAUUUCGACCACCUCCACCUCCACCACCAAAUCGACCACCACCACCUCCACCACCAAUGAUGCAAUAA